UUUUUUUAUUUGAGGACGCGGCCGCCGAGCCCUCCUUAGCUUGCACCCGCUCGCCUUCCUCGCCUCGCCUUCCUCGGCUGCUCCGCCUUUAGCUCAUAUGGGCUGCUGCGCUGACCUCUUUCGCUGCUCCAGCCUAAGCCUGCUACUCAUCUCUGCCCUCUUCUACACCCUCCUUGGCGCCGGAAUCGUCACGCUCGGCGUCCUCGCGCUCACCCUCCCCUGGGCAAAGAUUAUUGUGCCCGAUUGGUAUGCGGGAGUCACGAUUGGCGUCGGCGCCCUCAUCCUCUUCGUCGCGCUCUUCGGCUACCUGGCCUUCUGCAGGAAGAAGAACAAGUGCUCGAUCUCGAUUUACAUGCUGUUUUGCCUCCUUCUCUGCUGCACCACCGUCGCGAGCACGGUCGUCCUCUUCCGGUACUCGGACGCGCUGCACCUCGCCAAGGAGUCCAAAUUCGUCAAUGUGACGGACUGGCAGCGCGAGGCGUCCGAGUCGCUGAAGGAGGGCGUCGAGGAGAUCUGGGAAGAGUGUGGUGCUUCCGUCUACAACAGCGACAGCGUGACAUACACAGAUGAAUCUCAAGUCGAUGCUGACAAGCCGCCAUACGAGCUGCGCUGCACCAACAGCGACUUCGACGACGUCGCCGAGUCCAUCAACGACCAGUGCCUCGAGGCGGCCUUCAACGACGAGAACUUUGACGAGGACAACACAGACUUCCUCGAGUGCUACACCUCCUCCUCGUGGUGGGCGCCCGAGGCGCGCAGCAGCACGCUCGGCAAGCUCAACACGCCCAAGGGCGUCUUCUGCGCGUGCUACGAGGAGUUCGCUGACUUUGUCGACGCCUACUUCUUCGUCGGCAAGUGGGUCUCCUUUGGCUUUGCAGUUUUCUUCGGGCUCACCUUCCUUGGCUGCUGCUACCUCUGCUGCUGCUCCAAGCCGGCGGCGCCGGCACGCACCUCGCAGCAGGAGUACGCGCAGCAGCCGUACGCACAGCAUGGGCAGCAGCCGCCGCCGCAGCAGAAGGGCGCCACCAUCCUCCGCCCGUGAGCGAAGCCAUGGGUGCGCGGCGCUCCGUUCUUCUCCUGCAACCGCACAAUGCCAUGCCCGGCUCGCCGGGCGAGCCGCUGCGGUACCACAUGCAUAAAAAACUCUCCACACACGCACCGUCUGCACCGCGGACCCCCAGGCCCCAGCCGCUGUGACCCCGUGCAAUUCCCGUUCCCCUGCCAGCCUCAGCUUGUCCGUGACUGUUCAGUAAGUUUGAACGCUUCAAAGAUUAUUUAUUUCUC